AUGGCGGAGGCGCGGCCGCUGCGGCUGCUGGCGCUGCACGGGUACCGGCAGAGCGCCCGCCGCCUCCGCCAGCGUACCGGCGCGCUCCGCAAGGCCCUGCGCGGCCGCGCCGAGCUGGUGCCUAUCGACGCGCCGCACCGCCUGCCCGCCAGCGCUGAGGACGACCCCGAUGGGGAUGACCCCCCCCGCGGCUGGUGGUUCUCCGGGCCCGGCACGUUCGAGGCGGGCGAAGCGGCCGCGGCUCCGGCGGGGCUGGAGGAGUCUCUGUCGGCCGUGGCGGCGGCGCUGGCGGAGCACGGGCCCUUCGACGGGCUGCUGGGCUUCAGCCAGGGCGCGGCGCUGGCCGCCAUGGUGUGCGCGCUGCGGGCCCGCGGCGACCCGCGCUUCCCGGUGGCCUUCGCCGUGCUGGUGGCCGCAUUCGCCAGCCGCGCCCCGGCACACGGACACUUCUACCGGGAGCCCAUCGCCCUGCCCUCGCUGCACGUCGUGGGCGACACGGACGCCGUGAUCGCAGCGGCCCUGAGCAGGGAGCUGGCGCAGUGCUUCGUGGAGCCCGUGGUGCUCUCGCACCCCGGCGGGCACUUCAUCCCCGCGGCUGCGGCGCAGAAGAAAGCCUACCUGGAAUUCCUGGAACGCUUCUGCCCCGGGCAGGGCCAGGCCGAGCGCCCAGAGGCUGGGGAGGCUCGAGAAGGGGCUCUGUAAUAAAGAGGGGCUCUGGUGAGCCAUGUGCAGCACCCAUCCUGUGAAACUUCACUGUUUCCGUGCCUCCAGAGGGACCAGAGAACAGCUCACUGCUCUUCAGUGUUCACCCAGGCCAGGCUAAAUGGUUCUUUUAUCUCCCUUUUUUUCAGCUUUGUUGGAUACCUCAGUAUAAAAUAUAUAUGUAUAUAUAUAUGUAUAUAGUUAUAUAUAAUGUAUAUAACAUGAGUGUGGGGGUGUGACAGUGAGGGGAUUGAAGGCAGGAGGAUGACACUGCUCUGUGGGCAAGGUGCUUUCAGAGACUCCAACACCUGCUCAAAAGGAGAGUUCCUCAGCUCAGCCACAGGAAGUAUCUGCAGAGCACAGAGCCCUUGCAGUUUUACACCCCAAAACCUCGUGGUUUUUAAUAUCUGUUAAGCCAAGCUUCCAGCUGGUCUGGGCCUGGAAAACCCUCUCAUCCUUGGCAGUGCCAGGGCUGGUGUUUGUUUCAGGGAUGAAAUGCCUGCUGGCUCGGUGUGCAUGUGUUGAAUAUUCCCUGCACAAAGUGCCUCCAUGAACAAGAAAAGCUUGUUGCUGUUUGUGGCUCUGUAUUAUCCAGAAGCACAGGAAAAUCUUUAUUGCUGUAACAAUUGCAGGUGUCCUGCUCAGCUUCUGCCCAGCUCAGCACUGGGCACCAAUUUCAGGAGAGGAGAGCUAGCAGAGCUUCUCUACCCACAGCUUUCCUUGGGGGUGUAGAGCUAAAAGAGGGAAAUGGGGUGACAAAAGCGAAUUUUCCCCCUGCUUGAGCAGCAGGGCAGCGCAGUGGCAGCUCUGCGGGGCUGCAGGACACUGAGCUGCUGAAAUCCUUCCUGUGCUCACUGAGCUGGGAACGGGCCUGGCAGUGCUGAGGGUUAAAACAGCAGAGCAGGAGUGAGCAGCUCAGCCCCAAAGCAGCACAGGAGGGGUGAACAGCUCAGCCCCAAAGCAGCACUGCAGGGUGAGCAGCUCAGCCCCAAAGCAGCACUGCAGGGUGAGCAGCUCAGCCCCAAAGCAGCACUGCAGGGUGAGCAGCUCAGCCCCAAAGCAGCACUGCAGGGUGAGCAGCUCAGCUCAGCCCCAUCGCGUUUUGCCCCGGUUUGCCCACCGUGCUGGUGCUGGCAGGAGGAUGUGGCUGUCUCCCCGCAGCCCAGCCCCGUUCUGCUGUUGCCCCGCGGGGCUGGGGGGGCUCGGGCAGUGCUGGCCUCCUGUGUCACUUCACGUGGGCUGUGUCACAUCUGCCGCGAAGGCGUGGGGUGUCUGCACCCCUUGGUGACACCACGGGCUGCGUUUUGGGGCUGCCGAGCACGGCGACCAGCUGCGACAACGCACCGGAGCUUUUGUCCCCGCUCUCCCCCCUCCUCCGCCGGGUUCGCAGCCCCGGGAGCUGCUCGGUUGUCGCCGAGCCCCCUCCCGGUGCUUUCCCGCAGCCAUGGCCGCCCGCCCGCACUGCGGCCCCGCAGCCCCGGCAGCUCCCGGGAAGAGAAGGAAGGAAAGGGAAGCAGCUCAGGGUGCGGUGAGUGAGCAGCACGGUCCCAGCUCUGCAGGCAGCUCCCUCGGUGGGUCGGGGAGGGAUGGGUGACCCGAACUGCAGUUCCUGCCCCUUUCCCGGGGUCUGCAUAAAGAUGGCUCCUGCCGGGUGUCUGCUGUAGCGGUUUAAAUAAAUUAUUAAAACAGAUUAACGCGA